AUGUCGUAUCACACUCGAUUUUGGACCGGGGGAGGGUAUGUUUACAAACUUGUCCUUCUCUCUGCGAUCUUCAACACGGUUUUCACUGUCACUCAUUACUCUAUCCCCGAGGAAAUGGAGGAAGGCUCUGUCGUUGCCAAUUUAGCGACAGAUUUGGGACUAGACGUGAGAACGCUAAAGGGGAGAAAAAUGCGCAUCGAUGUUGUAGGAAAUAAGAAAUAUCUCGACAUCAACAAGGAAACGGGGGAGCUGUUCAUUCUGGAGAGGAUUGACCGUGAGUUCCUGUGUCCGUUAAAGACAUGCUUUCUGAGACUAGACGCCACGAUUGAAAAUCCUAUUCGGAUGUUUAAUAUAGAAGUGGAAAUCACGGACAUUAACGACAACGCUCCUCAUUUUCGACGAGGGACAAUGCAUUUGGACAUUUCUGAAUCCAGCCCUAUUGGGGAGAGAUUCUCUUUGAAUAACGCUGCAGACCCGGAUGUUGGAUCAAAUUCUGUGAAAAACUACCACCUGAGCUCAAGCGAACAUUUCUCUAUUGAGAUUCAGACAGGGAGAGACGGAACGAAGUUCGCUGAUUUAGUUCUGAAAAAAGCUUUAGACAGAGAGCAGCAGGCUGUUCAUAAUCUCAUACUGACUGCUGUGGACGGUGGAGUCCCCACGCGCACAGGUACAGCCAGCAUUAUUGUUCGCGUGCUUGAUGUGAACGACAACGCCCCUUCGUUUGACAAAGACACUUAUGUGGUGGAAGUGAUGGAAAACUCCCCGAUUGGCAGUCUAGUUAUCAAACUGAACGCCACUGAUUUAGAUGAGGGGUCUAAUUCAGAUAUUGGCUACUCCUAUAGUUUGUAUACAUCAGAGAGAACACAGCAGGUGUUUAACUUGAAUCCAGAUAAUGGAGAGAUCAGAGUGAAGGAAAUGAUCAAUUAUGAAGACUUUAAGCUGUAUGAAAUGGAGGUGAUUGCAAGUGAUAAGGGACCUAACUCUUUAUCUGGACAGUGUAAACUGACAAUCCAGGUGACUGAUAUGAAUGACAACCACCCAGAAAUAUCCAUCAAAUCAUUUCAGAGUCCCAUCAAAGAGAAUGAGCCGAUAGACACAGUGAUAGCUGUAGUUAGUGUGAGUGAUAAAGACUCUGGUGAUAAUGGAGUGGUUGAUCUUCAUAUUCCAGAUAAUAUGCCUUUCAAACUGAGAGAGUCCUCUGAUAACUAUUAUGAGUUAGUGGUGUCAGAGCCCUUAGACCGUGAGAAGGUUCCAGAAUAUGACAUCACCUUCACUGUGACAGACAGAGGUUCUCCUCCUUUAUCUGACAAUGAAACUAUGACCUUAGAGCUGCUGGAUGUCAACGACAAUGUCCCACAGUUCCCUCAGUCAUUUUAUACCAUCCGUGUGAUGGAGAAUAACGCACCUGGAGCCCUGCUCAGCUCCCUCACUGCCUUUGACCCUGACCUCCAUGAAAACCAGUAUCUAGUUUAUUUCAUCCUGGAGAAGGAGAUAGCCAACACCUCCAUGUCCAUGCUGUUCUCCAUCAAUCCAGAGAACGGAAAUCUUUACGCACUCAAAACUUUUGACUAUGAGAUUGAGAAGGACUUUCUUUUCCACAUCGAGGCCAGAGACUCUGGCUCUCCUCCUCUCAGCAGUAACGUCACAGUCCACAUCAUCAUUGUGGACCAGAAUGAUAACGCUCCGGUCAUUGUGUCUCCGUGGCGAGCACACGGCUCAGUGGUGGAGGAGAAGAUCCCCAGGUCCACAGACAAAGGCUCUCUGGUUGCCAAGGUGAUAGCCUUGGACACAGACUCUGUGCACAACUCUCGGAUCACCUACCAGUUUCUGCAGGUGACUGACGCCACCUUGUUCAGUCUGGACCAGUACAAUGGAGAAAUCCGGACCAUGAGGAUGUUCAGCUACAGAGACCCACGCCACCAGAGACUGGUUGUUGUUGCCAAGGACAACGGGCAGCCCGCUAUGUCUGCUACAGUCACCAUCAAGCUGUCCACAGUGGAGACUGCUGUCAAGGCCUACUCUGACAUGACCGAGGUGCCUCUGGCGUACGACAUCUUCAAUGACCUGAACCUGUACUUGGUCAUCGGUCUGGGCUCGGUGUCAUUUCUCCUGCUCAUCACCAUACUGGUCACCAUCGUGCUCAAGUGUCAGAAAACCAAGCCCAGCAAAGCGGCUCCUCCCUGCAGGAACAGUGUGAUCAGUGAGAGGAACUCCACCAUCGCAGACUCCACUCUGGUGUCCAACGAUGCCUACUGGUACAGUCUGUUUCUAGCAGAGACCAGGAAAGGAAAGCUGGUGGUCAGACAGCCUGUGCCAAAGGGAUCCAGAUACAUUGUGUCCAGUAUACCCAGAGGUACAGGACUGACAGAUACCAGUGACUCAGCAGCCUCCACUCUGCAGGUAUAACGCCUCAUUUCUUGUAGUUUUAAAACAUCAACUUUAUAAGGGGAAAAUAACUUUAUGGUUUUGAAACUCAAACUGCAUCAGUAACUUUGCCAUCAAUAAAGUGAAAGAUAUCUAAUAAGCUUUAGAUUAACAAAGACUGAUAAACAGAGAUGAUAUAUUUUUAGGUUCAAAUGAUACAAAACCUGGUUCUUUACAAGUUUGCUCACCAUCUACUAUCCUAACAACAAAGUUACAGUUCAUGCUUUUGAUCAAUUGGUAUGUAAACAGGCAUUUAAAAAUCAUCAUUGCCUAUCACUUAAAAACAACUCAAAAUAAACCAAAUGUUUUAAAGAGAAACCACGGGUAAAACAGCAAAUAAGUAAAUAACUAAAAAAGAAGAAAGAAAGGAAAAUAAAAUUAUGCCUUGUUUUACUAAAAUUUGAACUGCUUUUGUUUUGUUUUUUUCUUUUUCUGAGUAUUUUUCACAAAACAUCACUUGUUGAAAAAACUUUUACUUCUGCAUACAUACUUUUACUUUAGUUUUUGGCAUAAGUACUUGUGGAUAAUUGUGCAAACCAGUACAUGGGUUUUUGUGCCAGAGAAAAUCAUCAAGAUUUUUUUCUUGAGGGUUUAUCUGGUCAUGUUUUUGCUACACACAACCUACUGUGUGUCUAACAGUCUAUAUGCUUGUGUGUAUUUUUAGACAAGGGUCUGUGAUCUUGACCUGCAGUUUCCACAUGCAUGACCUCUGCCAAGUGGAAAGUUGCAGCUCCUCUGUCACAGUCAGCUUUCACAGCUCGAGUUUGAAAUCUAUACUGAGAUGCAGAAACAUGAUGGGACCUUUUGUUCCAUCAUAUUUGAUCUGUUAAUGUUAGCUGGUUGAUUUAUUUUGUCUUUUUAAUCUAGCUUCCUGUGGAGGUAAGUAUGUUGCUGGAGAACAAACACUCCGCUGAAUAUGGAACUGUGUUAAACCCCCUUUUUUUCCCACAGAGCAAGCUGCAAUAUCUGUCAUAAAUGUCCACACCUUCCAUGUUUAGUUUGUAUUUCUUAAGGAUAACAUCUUGUUUGUUUGUUUGUAGUUCCACUAAUUUGUGCUCAUAUAGAAAAUUCGGUAACACUUUACAAUCAGAGUACAUCUUAUUUAGAGAAUAUCUGCUAAUUUGAUAUUGAGGUAAUGCAUGGCUCAAGAUAAACUUCUGAUUGAAGUCAUGCAAGGUGCAUCAUUAAUUCCUUUAGCUUUUACGUGAACUAAUGAUCAAGUUAUUAUGACUUCAGGUAAUGAGUAUGUGUUUAAUCCAUCAUUGUUUUUUUUCUUUUUAAUGGUCAGCCUCUCAGAUUAACUAAAAAAAAACAUAUUUCUGACAACAAACACAAUGAUAAAUACAAUUUCAUUCAAUUGUACAACAUGGUUUUUAUUUUUUAUUAUUGAUAAAAGGAGUGGAGUUCAAUCAUUUUAAUUUUGAUCAUUAUUAUUACUUUUAUCCUGUUUUUAUUCGUAUUCCAUUUAUAUCACUAUAGUCCCUUGAUAUAGUUUUCCAUAUGUAAAGCACUUAAACUACAAGUCAUACAUAAAAGGUGCAAAACACAAAGUGUAAAUCAUUCCUGUUAAAGUUAUUCAGUGAUUCACCAUGUGUGUUCAUCAUCAGAAAUUUGACAUCUUUUGCAAUAAUCUAAGUCUUAAAAAACUCUCAUAUGUAGCUACUUUGAUUACAUAUGAAUUAAUGUAUGAAGCAACUGUUAAUCAACAUACAUUUACUGAAGUCAUUAUAACUUGAUCAUUAGAUCAUGAGCAACAGGAGUUGAUAAUGCAUCCCAUAUAGAGUCAAUUAGAAAAUCAUGGUGAGUUGUGCAUUACUUCAAUAUCAAAUAAGCAUUAAUUUAAAAAAGAAGGUGUACUUUUGUUGUACAGUGUUACCACAGUAUACAAAUGGUAAUAAUUUCUUGUUCUUGUAAUGAUCUGACCUUUGAACUGCUUUUUUUUCUCCCCACUCUAAAGUACCCUAAAUGAGGGAAGUCCACUCUGCAGCUGGAGGUAUGCAGGAGUCUCACUCCCCCGCCCCGGAGGCCCUUUUUCUGAAUGAUCUUACAGAAUUGAGUGUCUGAUUUCUUUUCUGUGUUUGUUUCAGUGGAUUAUUUUGUCUUGUUUUAUUUCCUUUCUGGAGAAGGAGAUUUUUUGAAUUGCAAAGGGGGUCAUUGAGUUGACAUCACAUGCAGUUUUCCAAAUCUCCCAUUUUAACCUCUUCAUGCCGACAUUUUGGUCACUAUGACUCACAAAGCAGCCUCACCAAAGCCACGCUAAGGUGUCUACAUUAUAUAACAACUAUAGUAAUUGAUAUUAUGAAUAUGGAUUAAGCAUUACGUCCCCUUACACAGAUGACUGAAUGCAUCUUUAAUUUUUGUAACUGAAUUCAGGGGACAAAGAGUUGAAAUAUUUAAAACACCUGAGUCAAAUACCUGCUUCCCUCAGGCUGAUUAACAAUUCAAAUUUUUAAAUUAAAAAUAUAUGAUCAAAAUGCUGCCCUGCCUACAUAAACUUUAACCUUUAAUAACUAUUUUGCCGUCUACUGGCCUUGCUUUGUUUACAAUCUACCUUUUGAUUAUGUGUUAAUACACAUGUUGGGAAAAUAGUCUCAUUUUAAACUGAAUCACAAUGUUCUCAAAAUGUUAAAGUGCAUGCAAAGGUUAAUCUGUGUUCAUCCCUUACUGACCCAUCACUUAUAGACUAGAAAGGACUUGCUCUUUUUGAAUGUUUAGAAGUGGAUUGUGCUCUUUCUGUCUCAUUUGGUCGUAAAAAAACUGUAAUUCAACUUAGUAUUACUGACUUUACAGAUUGUCACUUUUGAAUUUCCUGUCUGCUCUAGUGUGAAUUGUGACCUAGUUCUUCGAGCCGGAGAGGUGCAAAGUGAAACCACUCAUCCAGUUACCUAGCAACCACUUUCCUCCAAAUAAUGUAGGAGCAUGGUAUUCAUUGAUAAACCCUUCACCUCACCACUACAUGUUCAAGGAUCUGCCCAACCCUUCCACCCUCUCUCUGUUUUCUGCCUGAAGCCCCUUUCUGAGUAACAGACGUCAGCUGCAUGAGAUGCCAUGUCAGUUUGCAAAGUCACAAGCAUGUCAGUGCUGACUCUUAACCGGAUUUGUCUUUGUCUCCUGUCUCCUUUUCAGGCAUCCACUACCAGCAGCGGCAGCUCUGCGUAA